AUGUUCGCCUCACUCCUUUCGCUCCUCACACUCCUUGCGACUACCAACCUGGCCUAUGGGGCCGUAUAUGAAGCAGAGGAUGGUACCCUUUCGGGAACAACAGUAGACACCGCGACGAGUGGCUAUAGUGGCACUGGCUAUGUGACCGGCUUCACCGACUCUACUACUUCGCUCAGUAUCACUGUCUCUGCCGGCUCCACUGGACUCUACGACUUUUCUGUCACGUACGCAGCUCCUUAUGGAGAGAAGUAUACUGCCGUCUCGUUGAACGGCUCUCCAAAUGGAGAAAUACACUUUACGGAAACGACAACAUUCACGACCGUUUCUGGUGGUCAGCUCUUGCUCAACGAAGGCCAAAACAUCAUCACGUUCAAUACCAACUGGGGAUGGUACUUUAUUGACAAGAUUGAACUCAACCCUGCCGCUCCUCCAGCGCCUCACCAAGUUACCGGUGAGCUCACCAAUCCUAAUGCCAGUGCAGCAGCGAAGAACCUCAUGGCCUACCUCGUUUCUCAAUACGGCAAACAUCUACUCAGUGGACAGCAGGACCCAGCUUCAUAUGCCUGGGUUGAGACCAACAUUGGAAAAUCACCUGCCAUUAUCGGUCUGGAUAUGAUGGACUACAGCCCCAGCCGUGUCGAGCAUGGUACAACGUCUACCGCUGUCCAAGAUGCGGUCACCUACGACGGAAGAGACGCCAUCGUAGCCUUUUGCUGGCAUUGGAAUGCCCCAACAGAUCUCAUUGAUUCUACUGAAUACCGUGCGUACCUCUUGUUCUUUGCAUGGUGGAGAGGCUUUUAUACACAAGGUACAACGUUUGAUCUCGCGGCAGCACUCGCGGACCCUCAAGGCGAUAAAUAUGCACUUCUCAUCAGAGACAUGGACGCUAUUGCCGAGAAACUCAAGACGUUGCAAAAUGCUGGAAUCCCGGUCCUAUGGCGCCCACUUCACGAAGCAGAAGGCGGCUGGUUCUGGUGGGGACGAGACAAGAACCCAGAGCCCGCAAAGGCAAGUCUGGCUCUCUGGCGCAUCAUGUACGAUCGUUUUACCAACCAUCAUCAGCUCAAUAAUCUCAUCUGGAACUGGAACUCGGUUGCUACUGAUUGGUAUCCAGGAGAUGAUGUCGUUGACAUUCUCUCUUACGAUUCAUACCCACCGACGACGGGUGACCAUGGUGCCGUCAGUGGAGUUUACAGCAAACUCGUUGCGUUGGGUCAGGAUAAAAAACUUGUUACGCUUUCCGAAGUCGGUGAAAUCCCAGAUCCGGAUCUUCUGCAAGCCUAUCACGCCGACUGGAGCUACUUCGUGACCUGGAACGGUGACUACAUUUCUGGUGGAUCUCACAACUCGGUCGAAUUUUUGAAUAAGCUGUACAACUCCGACUACGUUUACAAUCUGGACGAUAUUGCGGGAUGGAAGAACUUCUCUGGAAUACCCACGACUUCUGCGAGUACCAGCAUAUCGUCCCCCACCAGCACCUCAAGCUCCUCGUCCACGCCACCGUCAACGACGACGCCGACGUCAAGCAGCACUCUCCCAUCAUCCUCUACCACAAGUACCGCACCCGUGGCCACGCAAUCUCAGUGGGGACAAUGCGGAGGAACCUACUAUACAGGGCCUACGCAGUGUGCGACGGGCCUGACUUGUGUACCGGUGGCUGCUCCGUGGUACUAUCAGUGCCUCAAGCAGUGA